CUGACGGACGCCGGCGUACCGGUAAAACAGGUUUCGGACGUAACCGGCUCGCCCGAAAUUCUGGACGGCCGUGUCAAAACGCUGCACCCCACGAUCCACGGGGGAUUGCUGGCCCGCCGUGGUUCGCCCGACCACAUGGCAGAAUUGGAACAUCACGGAAUAGACGCCAUCGACGUGGUUGUCGUGAACCUGUAUCCAUUCGUUGAAACCAUCAGCCAGCCUGGCGUCACCCUGGACGACGCGCUGGAGAAUAUCGAUAUCGGCGGGCCCACCAUGCUGAGGGCGGCAGCCAAGAACUAUCCGGACGUGGCGGUGGUGGUAGACCCUGAGGACUACGAAUGGGUGGCCGAUGGAUUGACGGCCGGCGGCCUGGAUUCGGAGCAGCGCCGAUCACUGGCGGCGAAAGCUUUUCAGCAUGUGGCCGCCUAUGACGCCGCCGUUGCCGCCUAUCUGGCGGAAGACCCAGCCGCUGAACAGGAAAUGCCCAGGCAGGUGACUAUCGGGCUAUCGCGCGUGUCCACCUUGCGCUACGGCGAAAACCCCCACCAGCGGGGCGCGCUGUAUCUGCCAGUGUCGGGAGGCUCCGGUGGAAUCGCCCGGGCCCAGCAGCUGCAUGGUCGGGAGUUGUCGUUCAACAACUUGAUGGACGCCGACGCUGCCUGGCGCAUAGUGUCGGAUUACGAUGACUCCUCGGUGUGCGUUAUCAAACACGCCAAUCCCUGCGGCCUGGCUUCGCGGCCCGAUGUGGCGGAAGCGUAUCGAUUGGCGUUCGAAGGCGACCCGGUUUCCGCCUUCGGCGGCAUCGUAGGAUUCAACCGUCCCGUCACCGCGGAAGCGGCCAAGGCAAUGGACCCGGUGUUUUACGAGGUCGUAGUGGCUCCGGCCUACGACGACGACGCAUUGGCGGCGUUGCGGCGCAAGCGCAACCUCAGGAUUUUGACGGUUCAGCCGGCCGUGGCCGGAGCCGGGGCCGCCGAUUACGACGUGCGGCUGUUGAGCGGCGGAGUACUGGUGCAGACACACGACGCCAUCGUUGAGGACCGAAACCAAUGGACUACCGCAACGAAAAGGGCGCCAACCGCAGCCGAACUGGAUGAUCUCGCGUUCGCAUGGACGGCGGUGAAACACAUCAAGUCCAACGCGAUCGCGUUCGUGAAACACAAAACACUGGUCGGUAUGGGAGCUGGCCAACCGAACCGCGUGGUCAGCGUGCAUCUUUCCCAGCGGGCCGCUGGAGACAAAGCUGCUGGGUGCGUGUUGGCGUCCGACGCGUUUUUCCCCUUCCCCGACAAUAUCGAGCUGGCAGCCGAAGCGGGAAUCACGGCCAUUGUCCAGCCGGGCGGCUCCAUCAGGGACGACGAAGUCAUUGCGGCCGCUGAUGAGGCCGGUAUUGCGAUGGUGUUCACCGGCGUGAGGCAUUUCCGACACUAA